UGAGUUGUCCCGUGCGGAGUUAAAACGACGGGAUAAAAGCUUCUUAGCCUGUGACAGAACAGCGGAGGUGGCGGACCUGAAGCUGAGCCCUGCAGGGGCUAAAUCCUUACAAAGGUGAACAGAUUUGAAGGGCACUGCAUUUUAAUGUCACCUGCAAAGCCCAUCUCCAUCAUGCCGGUCAAGAGAAGAAAUUCCCAUCUGCUGCGGCACACAGAGGUUCCUGCCCGGGUCACUGAGAGUUUUAUCCUGUCUGGCUACCGUUUUCCAAAUUACAGCUUUCUUGAGUGCCUGGUCUCUGCCUUCCAGCCCACCAAUGAAACAGGCAACUUCUGGACCCACUUCCUGGCUGUCUUUGUGUUUGCCUUUAAUUUCUUGGAGCUGUUCUGGUGGGAUUGGACUCCUUCUGUGUCUCACCCCUUCUUCUACCCGUUCUGGAACUACUUUAUUGGAGUCUUUGGCCUGCUUAUGGUAAGCAGUAUGGCCCACCUUUUCAACUCCAUGUCACUGCUCAUUCGGGAGAUCUGCUUUUUCAUUGAUUACGGCACCAUCAGUGCCUAUACAGUGGGCUCUUCACUGGCCUAUUUCUAUUAUAUUCACCCUAAACCUGCUUUUGCUAAUGGAAAUGCAUCUGAUACCUGGUUGGUAAAAGAUGACACCUAUGAACAUAAUGUAGUUGUGCAAUACCCACUCCAGGAUGCUAAGGACACCUCCCUCAAGUUCAGCUUCUUUGAGACCUUGUACAUUCCCAGCGCCUGCUUUGUGGCAUUGAUUUGUACGAUGGCCUGUUGCAAUACAAGACAGCGGUGGCGUCGCUAUCGAUAUGUGAUACGGACUCUGGUCUUCAUCCUGCCUUUUACUGUUGCCUCCACACCCAUCUUCUACCGUCUCUAUGUCGGCCCCAUUAAUGGCACAUUGGCCUCCUUUUUCUUGCGCCACUGCUUCUGGUUGAUUGUGUCAGCAGUAUUCAACAUUAGUAAGAUCCCAGAGCGCUUCUCUCCAGGGAAAUUUGACAUUUGGGGUCACAGCCACCAGUGGUUUCACUUCUGCACUUUUAUGAGUAUCCUGGACGAGUUGCACAUGAUCAAGGCUGAGAUCCGUGGCCUGCCAACCAUCUGGGAAUCUACUCUGAACCUACAGCCAGCCUUGCCCACUCUCUGGUCUACUUAUGGCGUAAUGUUUGCCUUGCAGUGCUGCAUUGCUGGCAUCAUCUUCUGUUUUGGUAUGCGCGUGGUCAUGGAUAACAAGAAGGGAACAGAGAAGAAGAAAACGAGUUAAACUUAAGAGGCAGUGGAGGGAGACAUUCUCAACUUAUUUUGAAUGAUACAAAUGUUCCCUGUUUUGAAUUUUUGCUUAUGGUUUUUGGGGAUCCAUUCCAACUGCUUGAAACUAGUCAAGUCAUGUUGAUUGAUUUUUUCUCAGUAUAUAAUGCAUUUAUAUUUAUGUCAAUGUCUAUAGCUAUAUCUAUAUACAGUAUAUUUAUAUGUAUAUGUAG